AUGUCUCCCAAACCGCCGGCGCUCAAGCCGUCCACACCAUCGAGUGGUGGACCCAAACGCACAGCACAUAUAGCCUUUAGGGGGUCGACCUCUAGUCCACAAACUCGUUCGCCACUCACUCGCACGCCAUUGACUCGAACACCACUCACGCGAACUGAUUCACCGAAAAUUAGUCGUCUUUGUCGUCAGCCCCCUCCCGGCCCCCAACGCUUAGGCAGUUCUGCGGUUACCAGUGGUGUGAAGACUUCGAAACCUCUUAGACCCGGAACGGGUGGCUCCAGAAACAGACGUUUGGACGAUGAUAUGCCGGCCCAACAGACUGCCAGCGCUGCCGAACCCGUGUCCACCUCUGCGCCAACGGCUUCCGAAGCGAAUAGAGCCGAUAUUGUGGCACCGGAACCGAGUCGUGAUAAUCCUUAUAAACCUGUAGAGGAAUCGUCGGACAGAGAAGUAUUUGACGAGUUGUCCAAAAUAGUUGAGUCACAUAUGGCUGCUUCAGAGCCGCCCCAGACAUCACCGGCCGGUGCUUCAGAAUUGACGAAUGAAAUGCUCGAUGACGACGGGGAACAGUAUGUGUCGGACACCACGGAACUGGUAGCUCAGGUUAAGGCCGAAAACCCGGAUCCGACUGACGAUAUCAAUGUGUCGGACACGUCAUCUCAGGCAUCGGUACCCCUCAAUACGUCCAACACAUUCAAUGAAAGCGGUUCUAAGUCUUCAACCGCUCUGGCAUUUAGUAGACAUGCGCUGAAGUACACGGGAUUUGAGGACCAGGACGUCGUGCCCGCCGUUGACUACAGUAUCGGUGCUCUGAAGCCGACCGCUGUCUCCUCCAAAUUCAAGGACAAGAAUGUUGUCAUAGCGUUGACCACAUUUAAGGAGUAUUUGUUGGCCUCUUAUUUCGACGCAACUGUUCGCCGGUUCCACAUAAACGACAAACAAGACGUCAUUCAAUACGACGGACACGAAGGUCACGUGUGGGCUAUGGUUGUGGUGGAGGGGACGGCCACUCAAUGGCUGUACACCGGAUGUAAUGACAAAAAGUUGCGACUUUACGACGCAAUGACCGCCCGAUUGCACCGUCAGAUUGAACUCAAAGAUCAGAUCCUGUGUCUGGACUACCGAUUCGGUCAAGUGUUCUGCGGUCUUAUUAACGGAACUCUUUGUAAAGUGUCGGCCUUUCACGAGAUGGUCAGUCAGGUGGCGAACCCAGAGGCCGACCAGGAGUUGAUUAAGUCAUUCCCAGUGAACGCCAAUCGACGUAUCUCUGCGGUGGUGGCCGUCAAAGUGGACAUACAGUCGGAUUGUGGGCUCACAAACAUUGAGCCGGUAGUGGUCGCCACGUCUAAUAAACUACGGAUUAUCGAUACCAGCGAUGGAGUGGACACCGAUGAGCACCGGGUGCUGCACUCGAUGACCAUUACUCUGAACCCACCGGUGAUGCUGAGGGUUUUCGGCAGUCAGUUGUUUAUUGUGUAUAAAUUACCGGCCAUUAAGUCUGAGGAUAAAACAGCCGGCGCUGCACCCAAACUACUCGAAAAGUCCAAAGUUUUGGUGUACGACAUGAAAAAGGACUGGAAUCCCAUCCAAAUUAUAGAGAUGACUGGUGUGGUGUCGGCCAUAGAUAUGAGGGGUCGGGACGUCAUAUUGUGCCAAAAGGACGGCAAAGUGCAGUGCCUGAGUCUGGUCUCUCGCGUCGGAGUCGAGAACUGGUCUCUCAAGUGGAUCGCCUACCACCUGGACAACGAGGGCGUCCCGAAAAAGUGUACUGGCUUAAGUGCCUGCGCUCUGGUGGGCUCGCGGCUACUGUUGGGUACUUUUGAGGGCUCUAUUGAUGUCGUGUUCAUUGAUCCCAAGCCCCAGGACUGCGACAUCUGUGGCGUUGCCUUCGCCCGCAAUAUGGAUCUCAAACACCACAUUAAGUUAGAGCACGGGGUUGAAGGUAAGGCCCCGGGAGGCUCUGGACAUAGUUAG